UUAGCUUUCUCGCAAAUUCCGAAACAACCAUUCGUUAUGCAGAUUGACUUGGUUCCUAGGCUGCUCGCAUGAUUGCAAUAUAAGGGUCAUGUCUUUGAUUUGUUGCAGCGACUAGAAGCUAGAGGAUGUUUCAGUCUUCUUUAAACAGGGACUUAGCAAGUCUGCUUUGAUUGGAGCGCAAAUGACUUGGCAUAGAGCGGGGAAAGUUGAUGCAACUCUGCCGCCAUCAUUCAUCCUAUAGAACUUAAUUACCCCCCAUGGGCACUCUUCUUGUUCGGUCUCCGAUUGUCUUCGUUGAAAUAACAUCUCACUCCUAGCAAUGGGCCCGACCUUGGGAAAUAACACUGCCGAAGUACAUGCGGUGACCGACCUGGACGAUGAACAUACACACGAUAGCCUUCUGUCUCUACGAUGGACCGUUGAGAGCGGCUGGUGGCGCCGAUCCAGCUAUGCAGGGUGUCUCCUGUACAAUGUCGGCUCCUUUAUGCUCCCUGCGUUGUACAGCACUCUAGUCAAGAUCUGGAUUGCGAACAUUGACUCUACCCUGGUGGUUACAACGGAUGUCUAUACCUAUAUCGGCACUGUUGCCGAGGUACUUAACGAAGGUCUUCCUCGUGCCGUCUGGGUGACUAUCGCCGAUCAAGUUACGCGGUCAUACGAGUCUCGUCUAGAACUCGCACAUACUCUGGUCGCAUUCCAAACAGUCCUCGGUCUGAUCAUGAGCAUAAUCCUCACCAGCGCUGCCAAAGCCUUCACGGCCACCUUCAUCCCGCGCGAGGCUCGGAAAGCAAGUAUUACCUAUGUUCAGAUUAGUGCAUUCUCAGCCCUCAGCUCUGCUAUAGAAGUUGCAGUAUCCAACGCGACAAGGGCCCUGGACAAGCCCGACGUUCCUCUCGUGAUUAGUUCGGUUAAGAUUGUCGUGAACAUUAUCCUGGAUCUCCUGAUCAUUUCCAAGUUUCAUGUGGGUGGCUGGUCUCCAAAUAUUAACAUGCAGGCUGCGAUUCGUCUGGGCUGUGACAUGGUCGCGGCUCUUACUGGCUUAGCAUACUUUAUCCAGACAAUAAACCGGUCCGAAGAACGUCGCAGCUGGCACUGGAUUGGAAGAUUUCCGACAUUUUCUGCCUUCUUAACGCUUCUCAAACCAGGCUUGAUCACCUUUGUCGAGUCGGCAGUGCGAAAUGCGCUAUACCUCUGGUUGGUUGCAGGAAUCGUGACUAUGUCCGCCGACUAUGCUACAGCAUGGGGAAUAUUCACUACAAUUCGAUGGGGUUUGAUUAUGGUGCCUGUUCAGGCACUGGAGGCUACGUCUCUCGCUUUUGUGGGGCAUUUCUGGGCUAUCUUUAAGGAAAAUGAUACAGAAUGUGGGCGUUGGAGAAAACUUGCAAUGGUCACGCGACCGGCUUUUCUCUCUGUUGGUAUAGCUUUAGCUAUCGAAGUACCCCUCUGCAUCCUUCUGGCUACGGUAGGAUGCAAACCGUUUGCAUACUAUCUAAGUCAAUCCGAAAGGGUUGCUGAGAUCACGGCUCAUAUGUGGCAGACGAUAGACUGGUGUUACAUUCUAUAUGCAAUCUCGACCCAGCUGGCCACCAUACUUCUGGCCACCCGUCCAAUGUGGUAUCUCGUGCAGAGUCUCAUUUCCAAUCUUCUUUACGUCCUUCCUUGGGCAAUUGUCUGCCAAUUUGCUCACCUUGAUCCUCAUAAUGCUUGGACUUAUCAUAGCCUCGUUUUUGGAGGAAGCCUGGUAUUUACGUUCUCGGAGAUUUGUUUAAUCAUUCUUCUGUGGUUUUGGAGAUCUCGAUAAAGCUCGCUGGUGCUAUACCCUCACCUGUACGAAGAACUUUAGGAUCACGUUACCAGUUUUUGUAUAAUAGCGUAAAGGUAUGUCAGUGUAGGUAAUUAAACAUAUCGUACAAGUCAAAUA